AUGAGGCCUGUUACUAUUAUUAUAGGCGGGAUACCAUUUUACUUGCAGGAGCCAUCCAGUGAUAGCAACACAGGCAUUACAACUUCGGGUCCUACCCCGGCCAAAGUAUCGACUUCAGAAACAUCCGAUGAACACAGCAGCAAGAAGUCUCCCAAAAAAUCUAACAACAUGAAAGUCGUAGUUCAGCUCUUAGAUGGCAGCAAGUUUGAUGUAGAAAUCACAAAGCAGACGCUUGGUCAGUUUUUGUUUGACAAAGUCUGUGAUUACUUGAACUUGUUGGAAAGGGAUUACUUUGGAAUAACUUACAUUGCAAAGGAAAAUGGAGAAGUUAGAUACUGGUUGAACUUAGACAAGAAAAUUUCGAAGCAAAUCAAGGAGAAAACCCUUCCUUGGGAAUUCUCCUUUCAAGUGAAAUUCUAUCCUCCAGAUCCUGCUCAACUCCAGGAAGAUCUUACACGAUAUAUGUUGUGCCUUCAAAUCAGGAUUGAUAUUCUGAAUGAAAAACUUCCCUGUUCAUUCGUAACCCAUGCGUUGCUGGGUUCCUACACAGUUCAGUCAGAACUUGGUGAUUAUGACCCUACAGAACAUGGCCAGGGUAUUGACUACAUUAAAGACUUCAAAAAUCACCCAUUCGCUGACUCUUGUUUUUCUCUCUCUCGACUCUCUGUUUUAUCUUUCUUUCUCUCUCGUUUUAUCUUUUUCUCUCUCUCGUUUAUCUUUCUCUCUCUCUUUUUUAUCUUUCUCGCUCUCUCUCGUUUUAUCUUUCGCUCUCUCUCGCUUUUAUCUUUUCGCUCUCUCUCGUUUUAUCUUUCUCGCUCUCUCUCGCUUUUAUCUUUCUCGUUUAUCUUUCUCUCUCUUUUCGUUUUAUCUUUUCGCCUCUCUCUCUCGUUUUAUCUUUUCGUCUUUCUCUCUCUCGCUUUUAUCUUUCUCGCUCUCUCUCUCGUUUUAUCUUUUAUCUUUUAUCUUUCGCUUUCUCUCUCUCUCUUUCUCGCUCUCUCUUUUUAUCUUUCUCGCUCUCUCUCUCGUUUUAUCUUUCUCGCUCUCUCUCUCGUUUUAUCUUUCUCGCUCUCUCUCUCGUUUUAUCUUUCUCGCUCUCUCUCUCGUUUUAUCUUUCUCGCCUUCUCGCUUUUAUCUUUCUCUCUCGUUUUAUCUCGCUCUCUCGUUUUAUCUUUCUCGCUCUCUCUCUCAGGUCAGACUCCUGAAGAGGCAGAGCUGCAUUUCCUUGAAAAUGCCAAGAAACUGGCAAUGUAUGGCGUUGAUUUGCAUGAAGCUAUGGAUUCCAACCAUGUGGACAUAUUGCUUGGUGUGUGUGCCAGUGGUCUUUUGGUUUACAAAGAUAAACUUCGCAUUAAUCGUUUCUCUUGGCCAAAGAUAUUGAAUAUUUCAUACAAAGGCAAAGUUUUUCAAAUCAGAAUUCGACCUGGUGAGUUUGAAAGAUAUGAGAACAUAAUAUCGUUUAAGCUGCAACACCAUAAUUUUGCCAAGCGACUAUGGAAGACUUGUGUAGAACAUCAUACAUUUUUCAGACUAAAGGAACCUGAUGCCUCCAAAACUGCCCAUGUAUUCCCAAGAUUUGGUUCCAGAUUCCGUUAUUCUGGACGCACACAAUACCAAACUCGUCAGAAUACGAUAGAUCGACAAAAUCCACAUUUUGCCAGAGCUGGAAAAUAUAGCCAGUCAUCUUAUAGCUAUGAUAGGUCACGUAGUAUGGAUGAUGUUAAUAACCGUGACCGUCUUCCCAGCACCGACUCUUUCGGAUCUGCCGCGGGCUAUCCAGCCAUUGCAACUCUACCCCGUCAUGAUGGAAAAGAUCGUCAUGACAAAAUGCGAGGGGUGCCAACUCCUCUGGCUAACCUGGGUAUGCAGAACAGAUAUGGUGAUACUGAUGAUGGUCGAGUGGUUUCAGCUCCUAAUGUCAAUGAUGCUGAGCGGCUUGAGAGAACAGGAUCUCCAGAUAGUGUAAAGACAUUGGAGUUUUCUGGAGAGUAUGAUGCCACAGUCGUUGAGAGUCCAACAGCUACUUUUGCUGCAAAGAAGCCAGUCUCUGACAAAGAGGAUAAAAAGAAGGAAAAGGAAAGGAAAAAGAAGGAGGAGGAAGAAAGAAAAAGGAGGGAAAAGGAAGAGAAAGAGCGAGAAAAGGAGAGGAAGAAACGAGAGAAAGAAUUGGCCAAAGAAAAGGCAAAAGGAAAGCAUGAAGAUGAUGCUAAAGACAAAGACAAGCUUAAAAAUUCUGAAGAUCGUCUUGAUAAAAUGGGACGUGAUGGUUCUGCACUAAACUUGGAUGGUACUCAGCCAUUAGCUGAUGCUCAACUUCAAGGUAAUAUGUUAAUAGCCCCUGGCAAGAAGUUAAAUGAUGAACAAGCUAAUAUGAAUGGUACUUCCUCUCCAACUCCAGAAGAACUUGCUGCUGCUGAGAAAGAACAUAAGGGAAAAGAUAAAGAGAAACGUGGUCUGUUUAACAAAUUUAAGAAGCAUCCUAAGGAUUCAAAGGACAAACGGGAUAUGGCUGCUGGGGACGUUGUCCCAGCUGUGAGAGUUAACAAUGUACCCGAUGAGGCCACUCUGGCUAACAAAUCGGAACCCUUUACCAAUGGGCCAGAUAUUACUCAGCGAAAGAGCACAGUUUCAAGUUCAUCAGAAUCCUCAGAUGAAGAAAAGGAAGGAAAAAGGGAUAAAGCUCUUAAUGGGCAAGCUGGCAAAGAACCAGUUAAGGCUACAGAAGAUUUGGUAAAAGAAGGCCUCCCUGCUGGAGUUUAUGGAGUCCCUGCUGGAGGACAGCCUGGAUAUAAUGGUGAGGUAUAUCCUGGAGGAAUAGCAAAUGCUGGCACUCCAUCUGAAGAACAAUGGAUUGACAACAAGAUGUCUUUCAUGCCAGUUUUAAAACCAGAAAAGACCACUAGAAGUGGGUAUGAGAAGCAAGGUGCUCCAAUCCGUCCAGACAAACCACCAACUGCCGAAAAACCUCGUAAAAAACCGCCCCCAGUUCCACCCAAGUUCAGCAGCAGAAGUCCAGCAGAUCCACUUGAUACACACUUCUAUGAUGAUGGUGACAAGAAUUCCCCCAUUCUUUUUUUCUCUCUCUCUCUUUUUCGCUCUCUCUUUUUCGCUCUCUCUCCUUUUUCGCUCUCUCUCUCUCUCUUUUUUCGCUCUCUCUCUCUCUUUUUUCUCUCUCUCUUUUUUCUCUCUCUCUUUUUUCUCUCUCUUUUUUCUCUCUCUUUUCUCUCUUUUUUUCGCUCUCUUUUUUUCUCUCUUUUUUUCUCUCUUUUUUCUCUCUUUUUUUCUCUCUCUCUUUUUUCGCUCUCUCUUUUUUCGCUCUCUCUUUUUUCGCUCUCUCUUUUUUCGCUCUCUCUUUUUUCGCUCUCUCUUUUUUCGCUCUCUCUUUUUUCGCUCUCUCUUUUUUCGCUCUCUCUUUUUUCGCUCUCUCUUUUCGCUCUCUCUCUCUCUUUUCGCUCUCUCUCUCUCUCUCUUUUCGCUCUCUCUCUCUCUCUCUUUCGCUCUCUCUCUCUCUUUUCGCUCUCUCUCUCUUUUUUCGCUCUCUCUCUCUCUCUCUCUUUUUUCGCUCUCUCUCUCUCUCUCUCUCGCUCUCUCUCUCUCUCUCUCUUUUUUCGCUCUCUCUCUCUCUCUCUCUCUUUUUUCGCUCUCUCUCUCUCUCUCUCUCUCUCUUUUUCUCUCUCUCUCUCUCUCUCUCUCUCUUUCUCUUUUUCUCUCUCUCUCUCUCGUUGUGAUGCUGACCAAGGCUGCCUUUUGAGUCUGAUUUCUUUUGUCUUUAUAUAUCUCUAUAAUUUUUUUUUCUUUUUGCAUGGUGAUAUGCAUUCUUACCGAACUGAAAAGGAUGGCGUCGUAGAAACCAGAGUGGAAAGAAAAGUAACCAUCACAAGUGAUAAUGACAACAUUGACCAUGAUGCAGCACUUGCUGAAGCUAUUCGUUUAGUCACUGCUGAUAACACUCUCAAUUUGAUGAGAGCACCAAGUGGAUGCCCGAUCACCAUUCAUCUCCGUUUCUGCCUUGUCUCAGCCAUUUUUACUGUCUUGAUAUUAAACAGUAAAAAUCAUCUACUGUUUAUUGCAAAACUCUUUUUCUAUUCUCCUUUUAACUACUGA